UUGCUGUUAUUUACAAGGUUUUCCCUUUAUGUACAUUAAUUGAGACAUAUUAUGUAACUUGCAUAAUCUACCGUUGGCGAUUUGAUCAAGGGAAGCGAUUUUAUUGUCUCUCGGAAGGCGGGGUUGCUUUCUGCAGUAGUGUACCAGAUAACCUGUUCGUCUAAGCCAAUAAUGUUGAUAAAUAUUCGAAUUUGACAUGUGUUACGUGAUAACAGAUACGUUUCGGCGCAUGGAAUCAUGUGAGAACAUUUUUAUUUGUGACGACACCGACGCAAUGCAGUUCAAGGCUGUAUCUGUAAAGUGAUUUUGUAAAAAAGUAAAUUAAAGUGAUCUAAAAGAAAAUGACAACUGAGCAGAGCGGACACGAUCAUUCCCUUGCGAUCCGACAAGAGAUACAACGUUUCGAAAGUGUUCAUCCAUCGAUAUACGCUAUUUACGACUUAAUAGAUCUAAUAUCUGACACACACAUCGCGAAACAAAUUCGCGAGCAUGUUGUUGCGAUUGAAGAUUCCUUUGUUAAUAGUCAUGAAUGGACAUUGGCUAGAGAUGUACCAGAAUUACAUUUAGGGAUCAUUGGUUCAUCUGACUCAGGAAAAUCUGCUUUAGUUCAUAGAUAUUUGACUGGUUCAUUUAUGCACGAAGAAUCUCCAGAAGGUGGUCGAUUUAAGAAGGAAGUUUUUAUCAAUGAUCAGAGUUAUCUUUUAUUAAUUCGAGACGAGGGUGGAGUACCCGAAUCACAAUUUUCUGCUUGGAUAGAUGCUUUAUUACUUGUAUUUAGUUUAGAGAGCGAAGAAAGUUUCUCCAUAGUUUGCAGUUUCUAUAAUAGAAUGUGUUCAUUUCGAAAUAUGUCAGAAGUACCAAAAAUACUUGUAGGAGUACAAGAUUCAAUUAAUGAUUCUAAUCCAAGAGUCAUAAAAGAUAUUAGACCAAGGAAAUUGGCAUGUGAUUUAAGGUGUCCUUACUAUGAAACAUGUGCUAUUUAUGGUUUGAAUGUGGAAAGAGUAUUUCAAGAUGUGUGUCAAAAAAUUAUUCAACAUAUAUCUGCAAAACAUUAUCGAUGUAAUGGACAACAAGCAACAGAUAAUGAGACAAAGUAUCCUGUUCCAGUGAUUGCCAAAAAUGUACAGCUCCUUGCCAAAGACAUGGAAGCAGCGAAUUCAUCAAAAUUGAGUACAUCUGACAAAGAGGAAGACUCCCGAUCUGUUCACAGUAGUUCCGUUCAAAAUGAUUCUGGAUCUAUAAGUGAUAACUUUCAUAAUGUACAGAAUCAGCACAGUGAUCUUAGAUCUUCAAUUUUAACUCCAACUACUAUCAGGAAAUUUAGGAGAAAAUCUAAUAUCUUUACCCCAUCGAAGAAAGAAAAAUAUAACAUGGGUGAAAUGGGUGUUGGUAGAGAAAUACCUGUAAAACAAGGAUACUUAUUCAAACGCAGUAGUAAGUCUUUAAAAGAAUGGAAGAAGAAAUAUGUUACAUUGUUGGAGGAUGGUCGACUAACUUAUCAUUCUAGCUUACACGAUUAUAUGAAUGACGCCAAUGGUAAAGAAAUAUUACUACAAUAUGUAACUGUAAAAGUGCCUGGGAAAACGCCUAAGGGUUCCAAAUCAUCCAAUGCUCAAGAAGAUAGUUUCGAAUUUUCUAUAAUUUCAUUAGAAAAUAAGACUUGGCAUUUUGAAGCAAAUAAUGCUGAAGAUAGAGACAGUUGGAUAUCUGCUAUAGAGCAACAAAUUCUUUCAAGUUUACAAAAUAGUGAUGGCGAUAAAAAGAAUGAAACUGAAGCUUUCAAAAUGCAUUGUAUAAAAAACAAAGUAUCAGGAAAUGAUGCCUGUGUAGAUUGUGGAACACCUAAUCCAGAUUGGGCUAGUCUAAACUUAGGCGUAUUAAUGUGUAUUGAGUGUUCAGGAAUACAUAGAAAUUUAGGUUCGCACAUAUCGAAAGUUAGGUCAUUGGAUUUAGACGAUUGGUCCGCAGGUCAAUUAAGUGUAAUGUUAGCCCUCGGUAAUGAUAUAGCAAAUAGUGUUUGGGAAUAUUGUUUAAACGGAAAACAGAAACCAAAUUCAGAUUCUCCUAGAGAAGAGAAAGAGCAAUGGAUCAGAUGGAAGUACGAGGACAAAAUCUUCUUACCACCAAUUAACCCAAACAUUUCUUUAGGAAAAUUGCUUAUUGAUUCAGUUUGCCGGGGCGAUAUGAGAGCAUUUACAUUAUGCUUGGCCAGAUGUAGUUACGAAGACAUUAAUAUGUCUGUCAGUAUGGAAGAUCUAAGGACACCCCUUCAUUUGGCUUGUGCUACAGGAAACUUAGCUAUGGCACAACUACUGAUAUGGCAUAAAGCAAAUCCACAUAACUUAGACCACGAAGGACGUACAUGUAUGUCAUAUGUACGGGCACUCGAAAGAACGCUUGACAAUUCGUCAGAUUCUAUGGAAAUGCAAAAGCUUCUUGAAGUACUUGAACAAGCUAGUAUCUCUGGAGUAGAUGAUGUAGAAACGUCUCAGUAUUAAAACUGUUCACGUAACGUACUUAUUGCAUGUGAAACCAUGCUUUAACUAAUGGCUUAGAGUUGAUAUAAAUUUUCUCAUUAACAGCACUGAUACUCA